AAAAAAGUAUAUAAAGCCGGAAUGAAUCAUAUAGCUUUUGUAUAAUACAUUUUCAACAAACAUCAAUAUAUUUAUUCAGUAUGCAUCGUCUUGCAAAAUAAAUUACUGGUAAAUUUAAAGCUUAAUGUUAAAUGCAAUCGAAGACAGUACUGUUUUUGCUGGAAUGGUUUAACAACAUUUUAAUGCUGACCAGUGGAUUAAAUAUAAUAUGGCAUAUACUGAAGAGAAUUUGACUGACUUUUUCUCAUUUUCCAGUUACUCCUCAAGCAGCUACCAUCACGUUAGCGACUCUAACUAUCAUGAAGUUGUGUAUGACAAGGCAUCAAAAGUUAUAAUCAAAGCCAUCAUGCCAAUCAUUUUCAUUAUUGGUAUCACUGGUAAUGUCUUAGUAAUCUUAAUGAUAACUCGUUGUCGUUUGUUUCAUACACCAACGAACAUAUAUUUAGUUAGCUUGGCUCUGGCCGAUCUAACCUUCUUACUAGCAUCCACAAUAAGACGUUGGGUCAUUUACUCUACAAGUCCAGUGUUAGUGGAAGAUGUUGGAGGUCUUGGAGAUAAAGCAGUUUAUUUUUGUAUCAUUUUCGAGAGUAUUUCUAACUGGAGUGGAGCUGUAUCUUGUGCAAUGAUUCUAUUUAUAGCGCUUGAUCGUUACUUUGCAAUCUGUCAUCCGAUUCGUUUCAGAAUAAUUAGCACCAAUAUAACUGCAAUAUAUAUAUCAAUAGCUGUAUGGCUAAUACAUCUGAUCCCUACACUGGCAUACUACACUAAUCAGACUUUAAUUACAUAUAGACUCAAAUGGGAAGUAAGUACAAACAUUAUGGCACACCCUAAAACCUCAACCCUAUGCACAUCAAGAUACACUAGUGACAACAUAAAAUACCUGUAUCUCAUGGAUGAAUUUCUGGCGAUUUUAGAGGUUCCCAUUAUCAUAACUCUAUAUGUUCUAGCAGUCAAACAGCUAAAGAGAAAUUCUAUGAAGACACUUGGAAAAUAUCAAUUAGCUAAACGGCGACGUGUGAUAAACAUGCUGAUUCUGACAACAGCUCUGUACAUUAUUUGUGUCAUUCCCCUCAAUUUCAACCUUCUCAUUUAUGAAUUUGAUAUCAACAUUUUUGCAACAUCUCAUACUUUCCACUAUGUGACAGCACUACUACUGUACAUUAACUCUGCAGUAAAUCCUAUAAUAUACAUGCUGGUACGAAGUGAUUUUCGGAAAGCAAUGAAACAAGUGUUAUUCUGUAGAAAAACAGAAUUAAAAGAAAGUUUAACAUUGACUACCGACAGUCGCACCAAAAGGACACGGCAAAGUAUUGAGAUGAGAAAGCUUGAAAGGUGCAGUAGUAUUGCUGACUAAUUUUUCUUACUAAAUUUGUAAAUAAAACAUAUUUACUCCAUAUCAUAUAAUUUAUGUGUAUAUACUGUACUGUAAUUCUAAAGGUAUAAAAAUACUAGUGAUGCCUAUGACCUCAAGUCUCAAAGAGCCCUAUAAUUCUAAAAUUUCAAAGUAUUAUAUAUCAUAUAAUAUACCUCAUACGUUUACAUAGAUUCUAGGCAUUUGAUUGGUUAAGAAGUGGGGCAAUAAAAGUACUAUUCCCCUCAAAAAGUACUAUUCCCCUCAAAAAUAGUACUUUUUUGACCUGUUGUGAGUAGAGAACAGACGUCAACCGUGUUAUGAUUGGUCAAACGAACAUGUGACAGUGACAGGUCGAAGGGCAACACAUGUGCUGCUUGUUUUGUUUUGAUAUGGAAACCAAGCACAGAAACUCGGUUCGAACAAUAGAGCUAUUAUAUCCAUGGAGGAAUAUAUUAUUCCUCCAUGUUAUAUCUCUAUGGUUCGAACGCAACAAGAAUAAAAAGGCAUAACAUGUUUAUAAACUUAUACUUCAUCCUCUCAGCUCGAAUCAAUUGGAGUUUCCCAUCUGUCUUGGCGGUAUAACAGUUAAUUAUCGUGUCAACAGUAGUUCUAGACUUACCACGUAUUUAAUUAAUAACAAUAUAAAUUACAACUUCAUCGUUAUUUUUUUGAACAAUUAUAAGAAGAAUAAGACAGCAUCAGGGCUGCCAAGAGGGGAAACUGUAACAGUAAACUGCGCGGAAGGCACAACAAAUUUUUUUGAGAGGCCCUGUCAAUUUGGAGGGGUUUAUAGGGGACAUUUUUGAGGGCACAUGAUAGUAAUUAUUAUUUUUGAAAGAAAUAUUGAAAAAAAAUGCUACUUUCAAUUUCUAUGGGCAAAAAAAAAAAAGCUUAAAAAAGUAAGCUUGGGCCACGGGGACAUUUUCCCCCUGCAUGCUCUCGGUGGCCCUUGACCUUUUCCCCUGCCCAACUCUCGGUGGCCCUGGACAGCAGAGGAAAACAGUCCUUCCAUGACGUAGCGACGGGUUGGUGAGUGCGUGUUGUCCAACAGCAAUAAAUAUUUCACAAACCUGUAUAGAGGCCGGGUAUCACUGUUAAAUAAAUCACAGGAGUCCUAAACGUUUUAUGAUAGGGUUGCAGAGAAAAUCUUCCGACUUCGUGGUUAGAAAAAUAUUUGCAGGCAACAAUAACAUCAAUAAUAUAAUAAUAAUAAUAAUAAUGAUAAUAACAAUAAUAAUAAUAAUAAUAAUAAUUGAGAAUAUAUAGCGCAAAUUAUAAACAAUGUUAAAAUCAAAUGCUCUUUAGACUGGAAGUUACGAUGUUUCCUUAAAAAAUAAUAUUUUAAUUAAUUUUAUAAAUUAAUUUUUAAAAUAUUGCUUUUGUUGAUAUUGUACGAUAGGCUCAUAAUAGGCCUAGAUUAUUUAUCAUUUUAAAUUUUUUUAUUUAUAAUUUUUAAAUCACCAAGUCGAAGAUGUUUCUCUAUCUGCAACCCCAUCAUAAAACGUUUAGGCCUAGGUACUCUACCAACUACGUCAUGGAAAGACUAUUUUUCCUCUCCUGUAUAUUUUUUUUACUUGUUAAAAAAUAUACGAAUAAAGAGUAGUAAUUCAUUUAUUUAUUGUUAAAUUGUGAUAAGUUAAGAACUACUGUUGACACAAUAAGUUCAUUACAGUAAAACAAACAAGUUAUGUUUUUUAUGGCAUGACAAGGUUUGUCUUGUCCUUUUGUGUUAUUGUUUUUAAUGUUUAAUUGGUGAAAUAAAUUAAAUGAAUGAUUGUUGCUUUCGAACAGUUUCUGCUGUGGUUUCAUAUCAGAACCAGUCAAAACAAACAAGCAGUACAGCACAGCACGCAGAACACAUGUGGUGCCUUCCUUCGACCUUUGAUUGUCACGUGCCUGUUUGGCCAAUCAGAACACGGUUGACGUCUGUUCUCUACUCGCAAGUGUCGCGAUGUGCAAACUCUAGGCCCACUAGGCCCUACAUCGCGCUGCUAACAAAGGGGACUGCGACCUCUACGAUGAGAUUAUCCCCUGACCGCGUCACGGAUCAGCGAGUAGACGAUAAACAAAUAUGGAGGCUGCUCGUUUCGAGAUGAGGGAGGACUAGCCUAGGCAUAGCAUUACUUCUUGAUAAAGCAGAUAGAAAAAGUACCAAAAGACAAAUUAAAUAUGUCUUAUCAAUAUUCGACAAAUAUAUUGCAAAACGAUGGGUGCUGUUGAAAUUGAGGAAAUAAGCAAAGAAGAGCUAGGCACACUCUUUGAUCGCCUAGGGGCCUAGCUAGUCGAGUAGUAGUAGGCCUUGUAUAUGCCUCUAAUAUAACAGGCUAGGAAGUAAGUACUUUUUUAGGCCUCGCAGAAUCUAUGUAUGAGGUAUAUAAAACAAAUAUUGAAUGCUCUAUAUUUGGAAACAGUGAAAUAUAUUGCCCCUUGUUGAUGUGGAGACCGUAGCCUAUCUUCCCUCGGCCCUCGGGAAGAUAGGCUACGGCCUCCACAUCACCUCAGGGCAAUAGAUUUCACCAUUCCCUUCAUGAGCAGUCAAUAUUGUGAUAUUUCAGUGGGUUUAUACUAGAGUGAAGCAUUUGCAUAAAAAAUGCAUGAAAGUUAGAGAGGUCAGCUUACACUACAAAAGGGACUUACAACUGUGUUGUGUUAAAUGCAGCUGUACACCAAUUUGUAAGAGUAUAUUGAUUGAGUUAACUUACUAUAUUUAUCUAUAUUAUAAUUGAUUGUUAUCAUGAUUGUAAAAUAUGACUUGAAUUUUACGUGGAACGAAAUAGUAGUGCUAUGGCCUUCAUAUAAAAAAAAAAACGUGUUUGAGUCAUGGGCUGUCAUUCAAUUGUACUUGGGCAAGGCAAUUUAUCUACAUUCCAAAAUAAAAAAGUGAGCAUUUAGCCAAUGUCAUUAUAAGUAUGUUGGGCCAAUAUAGUUUGCAUGAUGUAUCAAAUCUUUUAGCCAAAGUUUAUCUAAACAUGUUGGGCAACCAUAGUCUUUUAAACAGGAUGAAUCAAUGUUUGUCUGUUCUAUUUUCUCUAUGGUCUGAUGGAAACCCCUUUUUAUCCAACAGACUGAGUCCACAUUAACUCAAUGGUCUAGCCAAUGCUAAUGCAGUUUGUAUGACAGUGUACCAGAGGGGCACAGGCCAACUGGAAAAAAAAUAUUGUAUUUAAAAAUUAGAUAAAAAAAAUCCUCUAUUUUGGAUGAAUAACUGUUUAAAUUAAAUACAUAAAAUGCUAUAGCUUCUGGUGAUUUUCCCCUAAGAAACAAAGGUUUAAAUAUAUGAAUAAACUUAUAAGAUUUACAGUAACCAAGUAUGUCUACUUGCAAAUGUGUUCCAACAAAUGUUUCUGCUUAUUGUAUACUUGUAUUCAAACAUAAUCUGUACAGAAUAGAAUGUAGUUUAAAAAAAAUAGAUCAGUAAUAAAAAUGAUAAUGAGUUAAGCAAA